GGAGCCCAGCGGCCGCUUCCCAGCGCCGCAGAGCCGAGCAGCAGCGCGCCGGGCCAGCCCCGGCCCCACCAAUGCCCAGGCCUCUGUGAGGCACAGCACACGGCGGAGAUGGCUGGGACACGGGCCUUCUCUGAAGGGAAGAUUGCCGGCCUCUACGAUCUGGAGCGCACCCUGGGCAAGGGCCACUUUGCGGUGGUGAAGCUGGCACGGCACGUCUUCACGGGCGAGCGGGUGGCCGUCAAAGUGAUCGACAAGACCAAGCUGGAUGGCGGGGCGGCAGCCCAGCUCCUGCAGGAAGUGCGCUGCAUGAAGCUGGUCCAGCACCCCAAUGUGGUGCGCCUCUACGAGGUCAUCGACACCCACUCCAAGCUCUACCUCAUCCUGGAGCUGGGCGACGGCGGGGACAUGUUUGACCACAUCAUGCAGCACGAAGGGGGCCUUGGAGAGGAGCGGGCCAAGCACUACUUUGCCCAGAUCGUCCACGCCAUCUCCUACUGCCACCACCUCCAUGUGGUCCACCGCGACCUCAAGCCCGAGAAUGUGGUCUUCUUCCAAGAACAGGGGGUGGUCAAGCUGACGGAUUUUGGCUUCAGCAACUGCUUCCAGCCAGGCACCAUGCUCACCACCAGCUGCGGCUCCUUGGCCUACUCAGCCCCCGAAAUCCUGCUGGGGGAUGAAUACGAUGCUCCCGCAGUUGACGUAUGGAGCUUGGGCGUCAUUCUUUACAUGCUGGUGUGCGGGCAGCCGCCGUUCCAGGAGGCCAACGACAGUGAGACCUUGACCAUGAUUCUGGACUGCCGCUACACAAUCCCGUCUCACGUCUCCUCACCGUGUGCAGACCUGAUCUCCCAGAUGCUCCAGCGGAACCCACAGCAGAGGGCCUCCUUGGAACAGAUCGAAAACCACCCGUGGCUGCAGGGCGUGGACCCCUCCCCUGCCAGUCGCUACCUGUUGCCUCUGACGUCGCACAAGCGGGUCUCCGAAGAGGAGCACGGCAUCAUCAUCCAGGCCAUGAUGUGUGGCAACAUUGCAGACCGGGAAACCAUCCAAGAAGCGCUGGAAGCUAACCAUUACAACCAUGUUACUGCCACCUACUUCCUGCUGGCUGAAAGGAUCCUGCGAGAGAAACAGGAGAAGCAGAGCCCAAGCCCCAGUCCCAGCCUGGUCUACAACCUGGCCCAGCACGUCCAGAGCAGAAGCGCCUUCAGCGCUGUGAGCGAUCCCAGCCACCCUGCCAUUUUGGUGGACGAAUGCCCUCAGCCUCUGCCUGUGACCAAGAGUGCUUUGGAGAACUAUUCCGGGAAGUCCGUCCUUUCCUUCUCAGCUCUGGGUGAAAGCGAGUCCCCUUCUAGCCUCCAUGGUUGCGGGCAGCCCAUCAGAGCUCUCAUCCGGCCCUCCCUUAUCGAGACACCCAUCGCCAAGAGCACUCCGGCCUUGCAGCAGAUUUCAGAAGAGGAGGAGGAAGAGGAGGAAGAAGAGGAGGGGAAGCCCGGCCUCUUCCGAAGGAGAACCUCCUCUUUGAACCAAGAGCAAAUGAGCGAUUUCCAGAGCGCCAAGGCUUCCCUUUUGUUCUGUCGGAGCCUUGCAGCCCACAGCAAAAUAGCGAAAGCGCCUGCCGCUGGGUUCGCCAAGCCUCGCUCCCUCAAUCAGUUGCAUGAGUCUAGCCCGAACCAGGCAGCUCUGCAGAAGCCUCUGUCCCUAAAAGACCAGCAAGGCUUUUGUCAAGAGCUCCCAAACCAAGCCGUGCAGAUGGACGGUACCAGCAGCUCCAAGCCUCAAGGGGAGAAAAUGGCCCAUGACGUGGCCCCAGAAGGAAACGCCAAAGAUAAGCCUUCGGUGGGCAGCAAGGAGGGCCCUAAGCAGGGGGGCAGUGGUGAGGCAAUCGUGAGUCCCGACGCAGCGGGACGACACAUAGGGACGGAGGACAAUAACAAUACUCCCCCAGUGGGACGUGGCCGUGCUGGAGACAAGCUCCUGAAGAAAGAGGCUGGGAUCCACGUUCCCCAGAAGAACGAGGCUGUCCCUCAAGGCAGAGUUGGCCAGGGGAACACAGCCUUGGACCCGGGAGACAAGUCCCGAAAGCCGGACGGGAGCCUCGAGAUGGGACCACCCAGUAGGCCGAAGCACUUAAGUGACAGCCAAGGGAACGGCAGCCCCGGCGGCAGCGAGAGCUUGGCAGACAACAUUAUCAAGCUGGACCCCGCGAAGGGCAAGAGUGCCAACCUGAAGGACCGGAUCCUACAGUUCCCUCUCUGCGAGAAGGCCCUGGCCUUCCGGAUGCGGCCUGCCUCGAAGGAGAGCCUCCUCUCGCUGGGACAGUUCAACUGCUGCCACGUCAUCUAGGACCCACGUUACAUUUGCACGAGAGAAAUAGACUGUAGUGAUGAGGGUGAUGACGAAGGCACAGGCCAGAGGCAAAAUGUCGGCUCCGUUCCCAUGAUCCUCUGCUCCCCCGUGAAUGGCUGCUGGCAGGAUGGACUGCGUGAGAAAGCAUUCGGACGCUAGUUCCACUGUAUCCGCUUGAAAGGGAUCGAAGGAACCCAGUGGCUGUCCUCUCUCUUCCCUCCACUCCUGGCUGAUUCUCUCCAGCCUCAGCAGAGCCUCCCAAUGCAUGCUGGGCCUCAGUCCCCUCGAGAGGAGCCUCCACCGUCACGUGUUGCGUUUCGGCGUCCCGUGAUUGAGAAGCCAGGUGCUUGCUCUGAUUCAGCCAAGUGCAACUGGAGAGGGGUUGAUGGUUGGUUGGCCUCAGUUCAGGGGUCCUCAAAGCCAAAUUUGGGCUACUGGAGGCCAAGGGUGUGUCCUCUCAGAGCCAACACCUAGGAGUCGGGCAUACAGCUCCCUGAUCCUGGAAUGCCCAUCCACAGAAGCACUUGGGGAAGAAUCCCGUGGUGCCCUGUGGCAGUAACUUUUUUUUUGCUUGCCCAAAGGGCCGGGCCCUCUUUCUGCCCUUUAAUGCCCCCCUCCCCAAUAACUCUGUGUGGUAACUUAACUCAGAAACGGUCAGUCCUGCAGCUUGGGUGUCUGGGAAUUUACUUGUUGUAAGCAAGCCAGAGGGCUCUUUUUGCUGCACAAAAGUCCAGGCAGACAGAAGUCAAGGAGCCGCCUGUUCUAGCCCCACGACAGAACUCGAGUUUUCCUAUCUUUUGCCUGCAGGCCCCAGACUCGCUGUGCCUGUUGCGGCCCCCCAGAUCCUUGCAAUGAUUUUUUUAAAAACAAUUUUUACUUUUCUUAAGAUCAUAAUUAAAGAUGCUUGCAAUGAUAGCUGAACUCACCCCUGCUCCUUGCUGUCAAGGAAAGACCAAAGUAGUCUGUCAGGAGCUGUGUCCAGUUCUCCCAUAACAGCCUUGAUGGCAGUAUCUGUAUUGCAGCGCACUGAGAGUGGACACUAGAGCACAUCCUGGGUCGGUCACGGUGCCCUUUUUCAGUUCCCCAGGAUUCCUGGCUGCCUUUUAUCCCACGCAUGGGCAAAGAGCCUCCUCAGACAAACGUAUCCACCCCCAUUUGCAUGUAAAGCACAUGGCACGGGAUCUAAUGUUAACAUCAGUAAAAGGUGUGCAAGCGAGGGGAGCCAAACCCUGCCUCCCCUCACCACUCUCCAUUGCCCGGGCGCUUGACUCCUAGCCCAGCUCAUGUGUGGGACUCAGGGCCAAGCUAGAUGUGCAGGUUUUUAAAGAGUUGGGUCUGGGUUUCCCCAGGGCCAGCGCCACCAUUGAGGUGGUGA